AUGUCGCAUGAUUUCCCUCCCUACCUGUAUCUCAUUGGAGCCAUCCCUGACGUGGAGAACAGCAAGAGCAAAAGUGACAUGAUUCUGGAUGUCGCUAUCCGGUCCGAAGGUCUCCUGCAGCAGUUAUCGGCCCAGCUCGCUCAAGCAUCACACCGAAGUCCAGCUAAUAUUGCUUCUGUUGCCUCCCCUGGUAUUGCGAUCUCGCCCAGCACAGUCAGCAAUUUUGGCCGCGGAGAGGGACCUUCUGAUCACAUCUCAAAUGCCAUUUUGUCGCCAUUCCAUGCCUCAACGACCGAAUCUAUCUUAUCGUGGCCGCAUUUCGGCGAAUUUCGAAGUUUGAUCAAAGAGAGUAAAUUCUCCGUCUUCCAACUCGAAAAUGCGCGUAAGCCACUGGCUCACAGGCCAUCGCCCCCUCAACCAUAUAUGACGAAGAGCGACAUCGAGAAAAAAAUUCGAAGCUUCGAGCGUGGAAUUAACUUCUGGUAUCCCACGAUGGCGAGAUCUACCACGAAAAAACUUCAAGAAUAUUUAUUGUCUGGCACGCUGGAGGAGAGUACCCGAUCAUGCCUAGCGUUACUAGUGAUGGCCUUAGGAUGUUCCUCCGAGCUUGUGGGGUUAUUCACGACCGACGAAGCACCAGACACUCAUUUGGUUGAAAAGGAAAGACAACAGCGAUUUCUAGGCUCAAUGUAUUUCGAGUGCGCCUUUAAAAAAGUCUCUUUGGCACAAGCGGAGUUCACCGCGGACGCAGUUCAGUGCUUAUUUUUCACGGGCCUAUAUUUCUCCUUCUUGCAAAGACCGCUUCAGGCUUGGUCGUUUAUCAGCGCAGCGGCAACUAAGUGCCGGCUGCUUUUAUCGUAUAGCUCCUCAGAUCAGCCCCCGGAGCGAUUGGAGUGCCUUCGCAGGAUAUUCUGGUCUUGCUAUAUACUCGAAAGUGACUUUCUGGCUGAAUUAUCCGCCCUUCCUCAGACUGGCAUUGCGGAAAUCGAAUCCCUGAUUCCUCUACCCGGCCAAUACUCCACGCAGGAGUCGCAGAGCGACCAGGAACAAUCCUCCCUCUAUUUCCUCGCUUGCAUCUCAAUGCGUCGACUCUUGAACCGGGUACAUGAUCUUCUCUAUGCCCGUAAUGAUGGAGUCGGGUUUGACAAUAAUCAAUUCCCUUCCGUGGUUUCGGAGCUAGGUCAUCAACUAGAAGAGUGGAAGGAUCUUCUCCCGUUUCACUUCCAGUUCUCUGUCGAUCUCGACUCUACAAAGUCUCCCGAGGGUGCCUUUCUACGUCAGCGUUAUUUGACCUGCAAGAGUGUCAUCUAUCGGCCUUAUCUUACAUGGGCGCUAUCAAAUGGGGAAGAGGAAGUCGAAUGUCCUCCGAUUGUAUUUGAAGGAUCGCGUCUUUGCUUGGAGGCAUGUUGGAUGCAUGCUCAGAACCUACGAAACAUCCACCAUACGAUCAUGGUGGACACUUGGAUAUGUUCACUCUCGAUGGCGUCCGUUGUACUCAUAACUCUAGCUGCAUCUCGUGUCCACUCCCUUAGGCAACUCAUAUCACACCAAGUUAUUGAGAUCGGUCCACAUAUCAACGACUUGAUUACGCAUUGGAUGUACAUCCCAGGCGAUGAGGUCUCACCCAGUGUCCUAGAAAGCACAAAACUAAUUGCGAAUGUGUCGGCUUUAUUGAAACUCAGCUGGAAUAAAGACUGA